CGAGACAAGUACAACCCGGUAAAUUCAAUAUAACGUCGAUUUGUUUGAAAAUGAGCAGAGCGAGAGUUGUGUUUAACGUAAACUGUCACAACAAACACUGCGGAGUAUUACUGCUUCAGUUAAUCGGGUCAAACGUAUAAAGCACUGGAUUAUGAUGAACACGGAAGAAAGAGGAACCGUACUUGGGCUUUCCAGAAAAGAUUUGCGUAGGCAGAAGUUGAUGGAAUAUUUGGCAGCAAAAGGAAAGACCAACCCUAAGUUCAGUGAUAAGUGCCAGAUUAAGAAACCUGCAACAUGUGGGCCACAGGUGGCCAAGGGAAAAGAGAAUAAGGUUUCAGGUACUGUCUGUUUGACAUAUAGGGACAAAAAUGUUGAGUGCUGCCCUGCUCAGUCCACCCCACAUGCCUCUGGAAGAGUACUUGGUACUACUUUCAAAACAAAUGUAAGAGGUCACGUCUUGGCUGGAGAAGAUGUUUCCAAACAUCCACCUGGCCCCUGUGGCCCAGCAGAGGGAAACAUUAAACAAAACACAGCACUUUCCAGAACAUACACGAUUGCGUCCCUCAAAGCCAAGCAGAGUGCAGCUGUCCAUCCCAUGAAGCAACGAGACACCAGAACGCAAUCCUUAGGCAAAUCUUUCUCAAACACAGUUCAUUCAGUUACAACCGAGCAAAGCACGAGAUCUCGAUGCACCACAAACGCUUCCAAACCAGGUCCCAGAAAGAGCAUCAGUCUUAGGCUGAGUUUUGGCCCUCUUGUAAAAACUAAAACAGGACUAAUUCCUGCUGUGAUUCAGCCACGAAACACGCAGUCAAACGUGCGUAGCACUGCCCCACCAGCUAACACCGCCACUGCUUCUCUUUCAGCCAGGGUGCGAUCCAGCACCUUUUCAUCAGCUUCAGCCUCCCAGAGGUCUGACACACAAUACAGGAAAUCAUUUUCUUCCACACUUACAAACAAGCCUGCCUGUGAGAUAAUGCCUGCUGCUUCUACUGCAAGAGCUGGAAUUAAAGUGGAGGAUUCAAAGAAGUAUAAUUGUAAAUCUGCUACAGAUAAACUUCCUCAGUCUAUAUGUAAGAGUUAUCUGCCAACUAAACUGAAACAAAGAUCUGUUUCCUCCAAGUGCACAGUAGCAUCCAUCAAGCCAGCCGGGACAGUAACUGUGACAAAAAUGGCAAAUUCAGCUGCACAAAGGACCUUGAAUCAGCCUAAAAACAAAUCAACACAGCAGAUAUCCGACAGUCUGAAGGCAAGUAAAUUGCCACCAUGUAAAGUGAAUUCCAGGCCACCAUCAGGACCAACAAACUGCAGUUCCAGAGCAGUCAGAGGGGUUACACUUCCUGCGUCACUUGAGGUUGGAGCAAGGGCCAACAGACUUAAAAAGACAGAUGUAAAGAAGGUACACAGUUCAACAAAUGUCCAAGUAAAACACACUUGCACACAAAAAGCAGGUGCUCUAGCAACAUCACAGAGGGCACCACAGGUUACCAAGACCAACAGCCAAGCAGUUCAGGCGACAGACAAGAUGUCUAAGGCCUCAGUCAAGGUCAUUGCCCAGACUGAACAAAAGAAACCUACCACUGCCCAGGAGGAGCGAAUGAGAAAGCUACAGGAAUGGCGGGAAGCAAAGGGAAUCUCCUACAAACGUCCUCCCAUGUCACUGAAACCUGGCGUCAGGCACACUGUGUCUUUGCCUCAUCCUUUCUGGGCCAAAAUGACUGAAGAAGAUGAGGCACACUCCCUCAUCUCCGCCGUGGACAGAUCCCUUUCUGACUGCAUCACAUUGCUCAGUGAGGGCUGUCCCCCAGACCAGGUGAAGGAGGUUCUGUCACGGCUGCCAACGGUGUCCCAGAAGUUUGCAAAAUACUGGGUCUGUCAGGCUCGUCUGAUGGAGCAACAGGAGAAUCUAGAUGUUCUGCCCAUGUUUGAAGAGGCCAUACGUGUUGUCUUAGAGCCAGUGGAUGAACUGCGGACUGUGGUGUUUGAGAUUCUGAAGAAAAAGGAUGAGCACCAAGGCACUUUGCUUACAUGUGAGAAUGAAAAAGAACAAAUUCUGGAAACGGUGGAAAACACUCCUCAAAGUAGCAACGCCCCAGUAACGACUCCAAAUCCUGUUGGAGCCCUCAUAUGUGGGGAGACAGGAGACUCGUCUGUCGUCAAAUUCAAGAUCACUGCAACUCCUGGUGGCCCUCGGAGCCAGCAGAAGAAUCAAGCUCAAGUCAGCCGACAGGAGGUUCGUUUCUUCACCCCAGUUAGACGCUCGGUGAGAAUCGAAAGAGCGUCCCUCCGAUAUCCUGCAUCCUUGCAGGAGCACGAUGUGUGUGUAGCCUCCUAUCAUGACCUGAUCUCUGAAGAAAACAAGAGUGAGGAGACAGCUGAAAGCAGCUCAACCGGUCGCGACACACAGAUGUAUAUUUACAGAGAGAACGAGGCUCUUAAAGAUAAGGUGGCUGUGCAGCUCGUCUAUGACACUGAUUAACAAAACACUUUACUUCAUUUUUCCCCAUUGUGGAAUUUACAGGUUACAAUGUCUCCAUACAUGUUGUGUAAAGGUGCAGUGUUUGCAUAGUUUGGGUCUGUUCAGUAUUGUGUUUUUUUUUUUUUUUUUUUUUUUCAUCUGUGCCAAAAGGUAA